GAAGUACGCGACAAACAACCAGCGCGCCAAAUGACUACUCUCCAAUAGAAGGAACACAGAAAUCAGCCUUGAUAUAAUUUAAACAGAAACAGGCACCAAGCUAAGGCACGAGCGGUUGGUGGUGGACACGUUUCAGACGAAACACUUUAGCUGUUAAACCACGCAGCUGUCAGGAUGGGUUUGCUGGAGCGGUGCGAGGAGCUUUUCAAGACCUCAAACUUGUACGAGGUGCUGGGGACAACAAAAGAGGCGACCGAGGCCGACAUCCGGAGGAGCUACUACAAAGUGUCUCUGAAAGUCCACCCGGACCGAGCUCCCGAAGACCCGCAGGCCACGGAGAAGUUUCAGGUGUUGGGGAAGCUGUACGUGGUGCUGAGCGAUAAGGAGCAGAGGGCGGUUUACGACGAGCAGGGAACCGUGGACGAGGAGUCUGACGCGUUGAGUCAGGACCGCUGCUGGGAGGAGUACUGGAGGCUGCUCUACCCCAAGAUCACACUGCAGGACAUCCUUGAGUUCGAGAAGAAAUACAAGGGGUCCGACGAGGAGCGGCAGGACGUGAUCCAGCUUUACGUGCAGCACCAGGGAGACAUGGACGCCAUCAUGGUCUCGGCCAUGUGCAGCUCCCAGGACGACGAGCCCAGGCUGUGCGCCAUCAUCCAGGCGGCCAUCGACAGCGGGGACGUCGCCUCCUUCCCGGCGUUCGCUCGAGAGAGCGCCAAGAAGAAGAGGGCGCGCAGGAAGAGGGCUGACAGAGAGCGAGAAGAAGCGGAGGAGAUGCAGAAGGAGAUGGGCCUCGGCGAUGAGGACGACAGUCUCGCGAUGAUGCUUCAGCAAAGGCAAAAGUCCAGAGAGCAGAAUUUCAACAGCUUCUUGUCAGACCUGGAGGCAAAGUACGCGAAGAAAACUCCCAAGUCCCAAAAAGCAAAAAGAGGAAAAAAGUAAAAAAAAAAGCUUGUAAAAAAAUAAAAUAAAUAAACACCAUGACGGAUGAAGAUUGAAGCAUGAGAAGCUGCUUAACUGUGUUCUUCUUAAUGACCAGUUCUUUAGUAAUGUUUGUAGUUUUUAUGACAGUGUCAUAAAUGCAUCUUGUAUAUUUUUUUGUCAUUUGUGGUUAAGGUUUUCGUAAAACGUGAAUAAAUUUGUACAGCUCA